AUGCGUGGCUUAGCGCUCGUUGCGUCGUUGGCGGCCGGCCUCGUCCUAGGCCGCGACGUCCCACGGUUCUCCUCAGCCACCGCCCAGCUAGCUGAGGCCGACCCAGACGUGCCCAGCGAAAGCGGUUGGGUGGAGAGGGCAGAGAAGGAGAGCCGGAGCCUCUGCUACCUCGAGCCGGCCGCAGACGGCGGUGACGACGCGCCGGCGCUCCUGGAGGCGCUCAACGACAAGUGCCGGUCCAAGAGCAUCAUUGUUCUUCCCGGCCCGAUCUACCACAUCAACUCGCCCAUGAUCACCGAGGACCUCGAGGAUGUCGUGAUUGACCAGCGCGGCCGGCUCCUCUGGAGCAAUGACACGACGUACUGGCUCUCGGUGUCGAUGCCCGUAGACUUCCAGAACCAGAGCACGGUCUGGCACUUUGGCGGGGACCGCGUGGUCUGGGAGGGCCACGGCGUCGGCACCUUUGACGGCAACGGUCAGGUCUGGUAUGACCUCAACGCGGGCGGCUCCAACAUGCCCCAUCGUCCGAUGAACAUAAACUUCCGUGGCUUCUCGAACUCGGUUGUCAAGGGCCUGCGCUUUGUCCAGAGUCAGAUGUGGACCAUGAACAUUAUGUACUCACAGAACCUUGUGUUUGAGGACAUUUACGUCAACAGCACGUCCUCAACGGAAAACAACUCACUCAACACCGAUGGAGCGGAUACGAUGUACUCGGAUAACAUCAUUUUCCGCCGCUGGGUAGUGGUGAACGGUGACGACGCGAUCGCCCUGAAGGCGAAUUCGAGCAACAUCUUCAUCUACGACAGCGAGUUCUUCGGCAGCACAGGCAUUGCCAUGGGCUCGAUCGGUCAGUUUAUUGGCCAGUUCGAGUACAUUGAGAACUUUCUCGCGAGGAACGUGACCUUGCACGACACUCUCCGUGGCUGCUACUUCAAAACCUGGACCGGCAUCCAGAUCGGAUACCCGCCGAACGGCGGAGGCGGCGGAACGGGUUAUGCUCGUAACAUCGUGCUGGAGGAUAUCAAACUCGACGGCACCCGCGGCGAGCCGCUCUUCAUCACUCAGUGCGAGUCCUUCUCCGGCCACGCGGGUGAGUCGUGCGACUCCUCGACCUUCCACAUCUCGGAUGUCGUCUGGAAGGACUUCAGCGGGACCAUCACCGACGACGUGCCCAGCUCGGGCUUUUUCCGGUGCAGCGCCGCAGCUGGCGGGUGCACCAACCUGACUGUCGAGAACUUCACCGUCCAUCCUGUGUCGCAGGAGGCCGUCCUCGAUAAAUGGCUAUGCAAGAACGUUAAUGGCGCCGAGGGAUUCGACUGUAUGGAGAUUGAGGAAGACGCCGGCGAACUCUAG